CUUAUAUGGUAGAGUUAACUGUGUACAGCAGCGAUGAGCUCACACCUAUUGAAAAGGUGUGCAGUUUCUGUGAAAGCUUUUCUGUCUGACCUCUGAACCUCGGGUCGCUCAGUCUCAUGUUUGCAUGGACUUAGACCCUCAGUACUGACAACACAUCACAAAAAGGAUUAUAAUAUUCUCGCCAAGGUGUCUGGAGAAACAGCAGAAGAGGUGAGAAUGUAAGGAGGGGAUAAUGGGGCGAAAUAAAAAAUUAAGGAGAAGGGUUAACGUAAGGAGAAAACUGAUGUGUAGAAAAGCUGUGUGGGGUGAACAGUGAGGAACAGAAGAAGAUUGGAAGAAACAGCUUGUGGUUAAAAUGGGAGAAACGAUAAAGGACAAAUGGGGAACGGGAGAACAUUGGGAUUCAACACAAGGAACAUGCGGGGGAGUAACUGGGUAGAUGAUGUAAUAAUGCCAGAGGUGUAUAUAAAAUUAUUUUUGGAAAUAGUGUCAGGAUAAUUUAGGAUCACGUUGGGCAGAAGACAAACGGGACAGGUCAGAUUGGUUAUAGGCAAUUUGGGGAAAUUAAAUCGUAUAUCUGUUAAAUGUAUAUCUGCUUUUAUUUAUUUUUUUUACAUUUCCACACUUGUAUUAACCAUCCUAACCGUACAUCUGAAUGAAAGUUGUAUUUACACUUACCUGCAUGUUUGUUGGUGGUGGUUCUGAUUGGUUUUAAUAUUUGAGGUGGUUUGGUUGCUUGAAUUGUUUUUUGGGUGAGAGGUAAGAGUUCUUAAUGGAUGUUAUUAUUUGGAGUAAUGCUUUGAGUGUUAGAUUGUAGCAGUAAUUGUGUAGCAAUAAUGCUUCUCUAACAUCUGGCUGAGAGUUCUAUCCCUACACAUGUACACCUGCUGAGAGUACUAUGAAUUAAGUACCAUCUGGCUGAUAUUCCCAUGUACAGAUUUCAUCCCAUCUAACAUCUCUACAACUGCACUCAAGCACUUUGGUUAACGAUAAUAUCUGCUUCUCACACUAGACAGCUUCUAUUACACUUCUGCGUUGUAAUAAUAACUGAUAUUGUAUGUACUGUCUUUUCCAGAACCUGAAGAAUAGUCAGAUCGCAAGGUACGUAACUAUCUUACAGUAUCAAUUCUUACUUCAUUGCCAGGAAACUAUGAAGUUUUAUCCACUGAGGGAAAAAAACAGUUAUUAAUUUUUCAGUGCACCCCCCAAAAAAUGAAAACCUAAUUUAUUUUUUUCUAAAUAAGCGUUGAAGCAUAUAUUUUACAUGAUACAUAGUAUUACGCAGUGGGAUGUAAUUUAGAGGUUCGUAUUAAUUACCGUUUGUAAAUAUAUCUUGUUUAUUACUGAACUAAAGUAUACCGUCAAUUAAAGUAUUAAUUUGGUGCAAAAGUUCUAAAGUGAUAAAUAAAGUUACACCAUGCAAAUUUUGAUGAUAUAAAAUUAAUGACUUUCUUAAAGUGGCAAUCUAAGCACUAUAAGCACUACAGCCCACUUUAGUGCUAUAGUUAUAUGUCAUUAGGCACUUUCCACUAUUUUUUUUUAAUUCAAAGCAGAUUGACAAAGGUCAAGACUCUCCAUGCUACCUAGUGCAAGGCCCACCUCCUCUUCAGUCACAUUUAUAAUGUGGAAACUCCACUACCAUAUGACCAAGUAUAAUUCUGUCCAACCUGGAUGGCAGUGAUAGAAUGAGAGCGCAGGUGGUGGGUUAGAGGGUGCAUCCAGUUUGGAUGGAGUAGCAUUUGGAAAUGUAAAAGUGCCAUUUUUGUUUUGUCAGUGUGGUUGAUAAGAGGGCUGAAACAUAUUUUGUUUUGUGAAACUGCCACAUUAUUGUGAACCAGCAAAAAACUUACUGCCAAUAUAUUUCUAUUUUUUUUUAAUUCUCACAUAGAGCCCAUUUUCUAUUUAUUUAAAAUUAUUGCAUGUUAACUAUGAUGCUGUAACUGUGUUCUGAAUAGGCAAAUAAGUAUGACACUAUUUUAUGACAAAUAAAUGCUAGCAAGCUGGCCCCCCCUGACAUUAUUGACUACAAAGGCAAUUACAUUUUUUUUAUUUAAACUGAAAAUUUGUGAGUGUGCAUGAAAUCAUGGGAAUGUGGAAAUCUGAAAUUUCAUUUAAUAUCAUGUUCAUUAUUUUGGAGUUUAUUUAAUUAUGCUUUAUAUUUCACUAUACGUUAAUGAAUAAGAUUCCGCAGGUAAAUCCCUGACGAUAAAUACGUCUGGGUGUGCAUUAACAGGAAUUUAAUUCGGACGACUGUCUGAAACAAACUUUUUGCACGUCUAUAUUUCAUCAUAGCAAACUCCUGAAUAAUUGAAAAGCUAAUUGUAGAAUAUGGGCUAAAAUAGCCAAGUGUGACCAUAGCUAACCUGAAUAAUUUUGCCAAUUUAGCUAUAGCCUAAAUAUAGCAAUUCAGUUUUUAUGACACUGCAAUUUGUUGUUUAGUGAAUAAAGUCACUACAAAUACAGAACAGGCUCUGGAUUCUGUUAAUAGUAAAUACGGCUAAUGCUCAUAAAUGAAAAACUAUUUUAUCACUAAAGUCUAUCGGAAAACACUGAUUUAAUAAAUGGUGAACAAGAGAGAGAAAUACAGAAAGAAUGCAGAUGUUAUAAAUACAUAUUAGCUCUGGAACACCCAGUGGGCAUAAGUAGAACUGCAUAAAAAGCAAUUUUUCCUCUUUUUCUACGCUUGAAAGUUCAUUUUAUAUAACAUUGCAAUAUACGCAAGUUUAAAAAAACAUUAUUCUGGAAAAGUUAACAUUUCAGGAAAUACAUUUAUAUGAUUAUUUUUCAGUGGCUUUUAAAAAGCAGACAUUUAUCCUAAGACACACACACACACACACACACACACACACACACACACACACACACACACACACACACACACACACACACACACACACACACACACACACACACACACACACACACACACACACACACACACACACACACACAUAUAAAUUUUCUGCACUGUCUCUAGAAACCAAAGUCCUCUGUAUCAUUUACUGUUUAUCUAACCAAUCCCCUGUUUACCAGACCCAUUACCUCUUUAACUCCUCUGCACAGGGAUCUUAUCUUUUCUCCUGCACAUGGAUUGACAAACAAUUUCAAUGUGUAGAGGCCAAAUAAAAAAUAUUGUGCAAUGUUUUUGGUUUUGCAUAUUUAGAAAAAUAAAAUUAAAUAUAAUUAAGAUCAUAUGAUACAUAAUCUAGAUAGCAAAUUUUCAAACAUUAAUUGAAUACUCCAAGCACAAUAACCACUCCUGCUAACUGUAGUGACUUUUGAGCCAGGAAUGCCCUGGGUACCCCAUUAUAAGUAUUGAAACCAUUUUAGAACAGAUUGAUGUAUUAUUUGGCGUUUAAGAUAUAUGUAAUUAUCUAUCCUUUUUUUCAGGUGUUGAGCUAAACUCUACCGAUUUCUGGUAAAAAGUUACACCUUGGGCCAAUUUUGGGGGGGUUUUGCAUUCUUACUUUCAAUUUUUAUGUCCCAUCAACAAAGCAUCUCUAUUACCUCUCUGAGAUUUUGGGGUUUUGCAGAGUGUCUGUAGACUUUCUGAUGUUCCUUUUACUGUGUGAUUAUAUCAGAGAAUAAACUCACCACUAAGCAUCUCUUUUCCUUCAGCUUGUGAAGAAGCAUUGCAUGAGAACAUGAAUCCAACACAAGUCACUGCUGUGUCCCUGCUCUUACUUCUCCUGAGUACAGGUCCGUGUUAUGAAUAUCUCAUAUUUAGAAAAAUAAACUAAACAUUCAUUAACUAAACAGCAAAACUAGAGUUUGUCUUUGUGGAUAGUCUCCUCACUUUGGCUCCCUAAAAUACAUUUUGUAAUUCAGAAGACAAUGUUUAUUUAAUUAUAUGAAAUUAAAAAUAUUCAACAUAAGGAUAGGCGAUUCAAGAAAAAAAAAAUCGAUCAAACAGGGAUGCAAUUCCUACGGAUGAAAUGCCACAAUUAAUGAAGUGCGUCCAGGACACAUUUUUAGGGCCUCCUUUUGUAAUAUCAGAUAUAGCGGUUUCACCCAAAAUUCAUUGAUUUGGAACAGGACCGGACUGGGAAACAAAUUAGGCCUGGUCAUUUUUUAAUCAUAGCGGCCUACUAAGAAGGGGGCGGGGCAGACAGGGUGAGCAUGUUGGCUCAAUUCUCUUCCAGGGCAGACCAUGUGCAGAGCUCUGCUGUACAUGCCUGUGCUGUGUUUCAACUUGUCUCUGGUGUCUCUAUAAAUGGGAUACCAGCAGACAAAAGGGCCAGGAAAAGUAUUGUGCGUGUGUUUGGAGCCUGCUUGUGGGAUUGCAUGUGUGUAGAGUGAGCUGAUUGUGGUGUGGCAUUGUGUAAUAAGGUCUGUUUUAGUUGUAUUUGUGGUGUAAUGUAAUGCACAUGUGGCUAGGGGCUGUUGAGAGUGUGUAUAAGUGCUGUGUAUGUGAGGGUGCUGUGUGUGAGGGGUGAGGUGUCUGUGUGAGGGUGAUGUGUGUGAGGGUAAUGUGUGUGUGUGUGAGAGAGGGAGCUGUGUGUGUGUGGGUAAUCUGUGUGUGUGUGGGUAAUCUGUGUGUGUGGGGGUAAUCUGUGUGUGUGGGGGUAAUCUGUGUGUGUGAGGGUAAUCUGUGUGUAAGAGGGAACUGUUUGUGUGUGUGUGGGGUGAUGUGUGUGAGAAUGCUGUGAGUGAGGGUGCUGUGAGGGAGGGUGCUGUGAGUGAGAGUGCUGUGUGUGAGAGUGCUGUGUGUGAGGGUGCUGUGUGUGAGGGUGCUGUGUGUGAGGGUGCUGUGUGUGAGGGUGCUGUGUGUGAGGGUGCUGUGUGUGAGGGUGCUGUGUGUGAGGGUGCUGUGUGUGAGGGUGCUGUGUGUGAGGGUGCUGUGAGUGAGAGUAUUGUGUGUGAGGGUGAUGUGCAUGAGAGUGCUGUGUGUGAAAGUGCUAUGUGUGAGGAUGCUGUGUAUGAGAGUGCUGUGAGGGAGAGUGAUGUGUGUGAUGGUAAUUUGUGUGAGAGAGUGUUGUGUGUGAGAGUGAUGUGUAUGAGAGUACUAUGUGUGAAGGUGAUGUGUGAGGGUGCUGUGUCUGAGAGUGAUGUGUGUGUGAUGGUAAUUUGAGUGAGAGAGUGUUGUGUGUGAGGGUAAUGUGUGUGAGAGUGCUGUAUGUGGAAGUGUUGUGCGUGAGAGUGCUGUGUGUGAGGGUGAUGAGUGUGAGGGUGAUGUGUGUAUGUAUAUGUUAGGAGAGGAUUGUGUAUUGGGGGAGGCAGAUUCAUUCCUAUAUAAGAAUUAAUAAAUUUAAAAAACAAAACAAAAAAACUGGCACUCCCUUCUUACCUUUAGCCUGGGGGAGGGCGGCAUGGUGGUGCCUGAGAGGGGGGGACUGGCACUCUCACACCAUCCCUGGUGUCGCAAGUGGUGAGUGAAAUCUAGCCUGCGAGGCUAGAGUUCACUCUCGCAAGAUCGGGGGCAUUGCCAUGGUAAUGCUCCGGAUCUCCUGAGAGGAACCCAGCGGGGUGUGAGUGUCUCUGUUUUGGGGUGUGAGUGUCUCUUAAAAAGUUGUUAUUGCAAUUCCCUAACGUUAGUCAACUCAAAUAACCCAUAGAAUGUUAGUUAUAGAUAUAUGGAAAAUGGCUGCAAAUAUUAUUUUCUCUGAAGUAUUUCAAACAUAUUUAGGGAUACCUAAAUAAUACAAGAACAUGCAAUAUAAACUGCAAAAUCGAUAUACUCUGGCCAAGUAUAGUAACGCAAGUAUGUAAUUAAUUCACUGAAUUUCAUGAAGAAGUUGUCACAUAUGUUAGAUCUUCUCAUCUUGUGGUGUUUGUAGCCCAAAUAGAACCUCUAGUGGUGCUAGUUUAUUUGAUACAUCGGAAGUAAUAGAUUGCUUACAUUUAUCUUUUUAAUUUCUCCAUCACGAUAACUCUUUCAACAUACAUUGAAUACAUUAUUCCAUACAUACCAUUCCACGAAUAUACCAUACAUUCCUUCUUUGACCAUGGGAAAAAGUAUAAAAGAAGCACAAUCUGAAGGCACAUAACACACAAAAUCAUUCCUGUAUCCUACUUGAACUAUUUUUGGACUUUUAUUGUUGUACCUUAGCAACAUAUGAGUCUAUACCUAGUAAUUGUAAGUCAAAUGAUGCUCAGCUACCUGCUUACUGCUAUAACGUCAUGGGCAUUUUGGUCAAGAAAAGGCUGGAAUGUCUACAUCAGAAUAUUUAAUCUGCAUUUUUACAUUUUAACAAUGCAUCAAUAGGGUUCACAUGGUAUAUCUGAAAGCCCUAUAACCUAUCUUUCUCUCUGUCUUUCCAGGGAUUCAGAGUUACCGGAUACAAAAGCGAGAGGAGCCCCCUACUUAUUUAUCACAAGUGCAGAACGUGUUAAGCUCAUCUUUUGAACAGGCCAGUACCAAAGCUAAGGAACUAUUUGAUAAAGUAAGAAUCCCUGCUGUAGAGGAGAAAGUCAAGUAAGUAUUUCAGAAAAAAAACAGAAUAUGAACUUGACAAAAAAGCUUGAUAGACAGUACAGAAAGAAUAUUAAAGGACCACUCUAGGCACCCAGACCACUUCAGCUUAAUGAAGUGGUCUGGGUGCCAGGUGCCUCUAGGAUUAACCCUUUUUUUAAAUAAACAUAGCAGUUUCAUGGCUUGACUGGUGUGCAGAUUUUUGUUUAACAUUGUAUUAACUAUCCACAGACUUGAGGUGGAAGGGGUUUUCAAUCACAAUGUUUCCCCACCAUAACUUCUUUGGUUGUUGCUUCUCUCUCUCUCUCUCUCUCUAUAUAUAUAUAUAUAUGUAAAUAUUUAUUUAUAUAUUGUCUCUCCACACCAUGAUACUAGGCUCUUAUUAAAUGAUUUAGCUGUUUACACACAAUGUCAGGUAUUGCUUAUAUUGUCUAGAAUAUUCCAUGUUAAGAUAAAAUAUCUGUGCCUCAUGCCGGACUAUUCCUUUAACAGGGAUGCUUAUGAGAAGACAUCAUCUUACGUGACUCCUUAUUUGAACAUUUUUUAUGACCAAGCAUACCACUGGCUUUAUGAAUAAGCGGCAUUGGCUGAUCUACAAUUCAAACUCCGUAAUCUUCAGCGUCAUUUUCUCAAGGCUUCCUAGGGUAUUAAUAUCAAUCUUGGUGAAGGUCAAGCACACACCUGUGCUUCAGAAUUCAACAGUUUAUACCAUUUUCUGUGACUGCAAGAACACUUUCCUGGAUUCAUUCCAAAUUAAAUAAAAUUAUCUUUUUUUUAGUCGAAA